ACCUUGCUGGGGUGAAUGCCUACAUGGACAGUUGUGCCAUUAGCCUUUUCCCGCUGCACCCGUUCAAUGUAGAUUACGUAUUUCUUCCUGUAAACCUGGACUACUUUGCCAAUCUGCUGACCUUUAUAGUGUCCUCGUACAACCUGAACUUCAUCAUCCUUUCGGAUGGGCAUGGAUCGCACGUUGUACUUCUGUCUCAACUCUUUGGAAAGAGGGGAGGACAUAAUCUUCCUGCGAAUGUGGGAAGGUGCAUUGAAAUGCCUUUUGCGAUUCUUGCUUCGGUCGGAAGUCACAAAGGGAUUGAACUUCAUUUCGGCAGCUCCCGCUUAGAGUUUUAUGGACGGGGAGCCCCCUACAAUGCCUUAACCGGGAAGGACUCCACUAGAGGGGUAGCCAAGAUGUCCUUGGAUCCUGCAGACCUCACCCAUGACACUACCGGUCUCACAGCCAAAGAACUGGAGGCCCUGGAUGACAUCUUCACCAAAGUGUACAAAGCCAAAUACCCCAUCGUCGGCUACACGGCCCGGAGAAUUCUCAACGAGGACGGCAGCCCCAACCUGGACUUCAAGCCUGAAGACCAGCCCCAUUUUGACAUCAAGGACGAGUUCUGAUGUUCCACCUGCAGGAGCAGAUUCUUGGGAGGGAGGCAAGAAGACACUAGGUGCUGAGUCUCCUGAAAAACAGGCCGCCUGGAGCCCCUGAGCCACCCAUAUAUGAAUAAAACAGAUACCCUAGAAGAGCAAAUGCCUCCCGUUGUCCUUGGUCAGGGGUUCUGUCUACCCGGGGACCCCUACCCUCACACCAGGGGUCAGUAAGAGCCAAAGUAGGAUGCCUCCUAGAUGUCAGCGUCGGCUAGCUCGGCAGUGGAAUUUGUGCACCCUUUACUUUAUGCUUUUCUGUACUUGUCAAAUUUCAACCAUGACCAUGUUCACUUUGUAAUCAAAACAAAAAUAAACGUCCCAUUUUUACAAAAGGAGAA